AACACACACAAACUAAGACAAGCUCAGUCCAGCUAGCCAUCCUAGUAAGCUACAACUUGAGCAUUAGUAUUCUCCCCGCCACUCGCCCAUGGCCAAAUUCCAGAUUACACCGUUCCCUGGACUCGUGGAAAACACCGAGUUUAACUUCGGUAGUCUUUACUUGUACAACAUUUCUAAUCCCCCAAGCUAUGCCAGCAUAAAAGAGAACAAUGCUACCACUGGGUGGGGAGGGGCAAGCCUUGUCAACUGGCAAAUAUAUGAUGGCGAUGGCUCGGGCGCGAAUCUAGUCGGUCAUGCCCAAGGGAUGCAAAUCCAUGCUGGUGCAUCGCACCAAUCCUUCACCCUUGUGUUCGAGAAUGGGAGGUUUAAGGGGUCCACGCUCUAUGUAGUUGGACAGACAGUGCGCGUUGAACAAGCAGGUGAGUGGUCUAUCGUUGGCGGGACAGGUGAUCUUGCGAUGGCGCGUGGUGUAGUCAAGGUGAAAUUCCAUGAAAAAGUAAAGGAUGGAAACACAUGGGAGCUUCGCUUCCAUGGAUUUUGCAGCAUGCAGAGCUUGCCCACUCUCACAAAGACUGGCCCAUGGGGUGGACAUGGUGGUUCAGUUACGGAGUCAGAACAACCAUGGCGCAUAGAGAGUAUGACAAUCGUCCAUGAGGGGAUAAUUGCAAUGUUUUCAUGCAGUUACGUUGACCUAUCUGGCAAGAGGCGCACCACAGGUUCUUGGGGUGGUGGUAAUGGCAUCCGCACAAAGGUUGAGCUGGGGCCUCGGGAGAUUUUAAAAGCAGUGUCUGGAACAUAUGUCAGCCUUUACAAUGGGCAGACUGUUAUUGAGUCACUUAAGUUUGUCACCAACGAAGGAACGUACGGACCAUAUGGCCGUACAACCGGUACACCUUUCAACGCUGACGUGCCGAAAGACCAAAGCAUCGUCGGGUUCUUUGGGCGUGCCGACGAUACGCAGCUCAUCGCAUUUGGUGUUUACACGGUCUGAAUUAUGAUAGAGCCUGCCGACGGUGACGCGCGCAGUUUCUGGUCUAUUUCAACCCAGCGUACGUGUUUUGCUUUGUUCGAUUCAAUAAGAUGGAUGAACUGUCCAUGGGGACCUCCAUGUUGCAGUUUUAAUUAGCCCCCUGUAUCUGGGUGCGUGCUUUGUCGUCACUUGUUAUGUCGAGUAAAUCUAUUAUGUUUGAUGAGAAAUAAAGCUCCCCCGUUCAGUGA